GUUACCCUUGCCUCCACAUCUUCAUAUCCGAACCAAAUUCCCUCCUUAAUUCCUUGGUCUUCUUUCUUCUUCCUACGGUACCUUUUUUCAUUCUCUGCUCUCCCGCCUCUUUCUGCUUUCUUUACUAAAUUUACUCUCUCUCUCUAAAACUCUUUUCUCCCCGCCUUCAAAACCCUCGCCAAUUUUACUUUUCAAUUGUUGGAGAGAUGUCGAAUUCUCAACCUCCGAAUCCGCAGCCACGCCUAAACCCUAUGGUGAUGCAGAGUAAUUCUCCACAGCAGCUGGCUUUCUCCUCUCGGAAGCCCCCUUUUCUGCAUCCCGGUGACUACCACCGCUUUUCCUCCGCUGCUCCUCUCCCCGAUCGUCAAGCCGAAGCCAUCCUUCUUAAAUCCCCUCCUCCUCCACUAAAGCGGAAGAGCGAUGCAGCAGAUCAUGAAGCUGAGUCCAGUGAGUGGCACACCGGUCCUGGUUACAUGGAAGUAGUUAACAGUCCCCUGCAGACACCUGUAUCUGGAAAAGGUGGAAAAGUUCCUAAAAUAUCAAGGCUUCCAAAGAGCAAUAAAUUAGGACCUCAGAAUGCUGGUUCAAAUGGUUCUCCUGGAAACAAUGUUACUCUGACUGGUCCCUGUCGUUAUGACAGCUCGCUAGGUCUCUUGACAAAAAAGUUCAUCAAUUUGAUCAAACAUGCGGAAGAUGGAAUUCUUGAUCUUAACAAAGCUGCAGACACUUUAGAGGUGCAAAAGCGGCGGAUAUAUGAUAUAACAAAUGUUCUAGAAGGCAUUGGUCUUAUUGAAAAGAAGCUGAAGAACAGAAUUCAGUGGAAGGGACUUGAUGUCUCAAGGCCAGGGGAAGCAGAUGAUAGUGUUAGUUUACAGACAGAAGUUGAAAACCGUACUGUCGAGGAGCGCAAAUUAGAUGAACAAAUAAGAGAAAUGCAAGAACGAUUGAGGGACCUUAGUGAAGAUGAAAAUAAUCAAAAGUGGCUUUUCGUCACUGAGGAGGACAUCAAGAAUUUACCAUGUUUCCAGAAUGAAACCUUGAUUGCAAUUAAAGCUCCACAUGGAACCACUUUGGAAGUCCCAGAUCCGGAUGAGCAGGCUGUUGACUGUCCCCAGAGGAGAUACCGGAUAGUCCUAAGAAGUGCAAUGGGUCCAAUAGAUGUUUAUCUCGUCAGUCAAUUUGUGGAGAAGUUUGAGGAGAUUCAUGGUGCUGAGCCACCUCUAAGUUAUCCGUCAAGUUCAGGAUUGAAUGAAAAUGCUGCACCUAAAGCAGUCCCAGGGGAGAGCAGAGGAAAGGAGAUUGAAAUGCAGGGAGAAGAUGCUUACAAAAUGUGCUCAGAACUCAGCACAUCACAGGACUUUGUGAGUGGGAUCAUGAAGAUUGUUCCCACAGAUGUAGAUAGUGAUGCAGACUACUGGCUUUUAUCAGAUGCUGGCGUUAGUAUUACAGACAUGUGGCGCACUGAAGGUGGGGUAGAAUGGACUGAGUUCGAUACGCUUCACCAUGAUGGCUACGGAAUAGCAAAUGCCAGCACACGUCAACCCCAAACUCCACCAUCAAGUGCAGCAGAAAUACCCUGUAAUGCUAAUGCUGCUGCAGGAUGAAAUGAAAAUGUGGACACUAAUAGAAAGAUAAAAGAGGCUUGAAAUCCUCCUAUGAUGUGAAUGCAUCUCCCUUCAGCAUGGGGACUACUCUGGAAGGCGGAAGCAAUCCAAAAUGUGCAUCUACUCAUGAGGACCAGAGCGAGGAAGUAGCUCAUGCAUUGUACAGCUCAAGUAAAGUACAGUAUCCAUGUAUGUAAUCCAAGAGAAAUUAGGUGACUAGUGUAUUUUCAACUUUGCUUGUAUAUUACUCCAACUUCAGCACAGGUAUUUGGGUAGUAUUGUAAGAUAAUGAUAGAGAUAGCAAAUAGUAGAGUCUAAUUUAAAUAGAGGAACAAAAGUUUAACUUA